AGGAUAUCUUUUGGCUGUUGAUCAGUGUAAUAUGGCAAGUGAGCCAUACAGCAAAACCUCACAAAAUGAACAACGUUGCGUGCUCCUUGCUAACGUUUGUUGGAUAUUACACUUAAUAUAGGCCAGGAAAUUAAAUAGGCGAGAAGUUUAUGGAUUCCGGAUCAGAGCAUUAUUUCGACUCCGUAGAAGAGAUUUACGAUUUUGCCGAAUCUUCACCGUCGAUGAAACUAUUGCCGAAAAAUGAUAAUGAUGAAAUAACAGAGGAUGAUAUCAUACCGUACUACGAUAAAGCUACAUGUAAAACGGAAAUAAAUUUAGAUAAGCAUUUAUCCGCAUUAACCAGAAAAAAGAAGUCUCCAAACAAGCCCGUUCCCCAGGAGUACUCUCAAUGCAGGCUCAAAAGCAAAUCGUAUUUAGAUAUCUUUCGGAAGAGAUUUAGUUUGGACAUUUCAAACGCUCAGCAAGAUACGCAAACUAUUAGCAGUUGUUGCUUGGAUUUCGAUGAUAACGUUGACUCGAUUUACAUCAAAAGCGGAUACCAGGGAUUGUCUUCCAGUCGUAAUUCUUCCAGAGAUCAAGACCUUGCCCUAUCGCUGAGUAAUUUAAACACAUACAAAGAGACAGACUGUGAGCCGACAACAAUUCAGUCAAAAUACCAAUUUAGCGGUCACAAAAAACGUUCAUCUACGACAAUAACAACAAACGUACCUGUUCUAGGGAAACUAGGUCAAGUUAUACCUACUGAUAAGUUAGAGCUCUUGAAGAAGAGGCAACAGUAUGGAAUGAAAGCCAGUCGGAUUAAUAGGAUUAAAAUAAUAGAGAAGAAAGCUUUAAAAGAUCUAGAAAAAGAAAUUAAUGAAUCUAAAAUAGGAUGUAAAUAAUAGCAGUGGUUUUAAUAAAUACUUGGAAAGACA